UUGGUCCAAAAACGUAAACUUUGCUAUUCGAAGGAACCUUGGGGAGAGUCUACCAUUAAUCAUUAUUUACGCAACUCUCUAGACGUAGAAUUCGACUUGUUCAGCAAAGUUCAUGUAAAUGGACAUUCAGCUCAUCCUUUUUUCACAUUUUUGAAAUCCAAACUGCGUGACUCCAAAUUCAAUUUUAUUAAAUGGAACUUCACUAAAUUUCUGAUUGAUCGUCGGGGCGUUCCACGCAAACGCUACGGAUCUUCAACGCCACCCCUGGACAUUGAAGAUGAUAUUGUGCAACUUCUGGAGGAAUAGCUCAAACCGUGGAGAUAUCAUCAAUGUGGUGCUGCACGCCUGUGAACCCCUGCCCGUGAAGAUGGCAAAAGAAACCCGAUUAAAAGGGACUUUGUCAUCGGAUUCAUCAGUGGUUUGCUUUUGAAUUUCUGGCGUGCAAUAACACCAAUAAUUACCGUGAUUCUGCGUUCUAACAGUCCUAAAGCCUAGGGCCUUGUCUGUCAGUAACUGUCAAAAGAGGCUGUCAUAUUUCUGACACGCUUUGAACUAGUCGUAUUUGCAGUACCGGAUAGCUCUAAUAAG